AUGAUAGUGGAACCCGAGCAGAGAGUACCGGAUUUCAUCAAAGGAGGUGUAGAUAUAGUCAGUGUACAUUGUGAGCAGUCACUAUCCAUUUACAUCGCACAGUCAAUCAACUUAGGGGCUAAAGCUGGAGUUGUCUUAAAUCGUGGAACCCCAUUGACUGCAAUAGAAUAUGCCUUGGAUGUGGUGGAUCUGGUCUUCAUAAUGUCGGUCAACCCUGGGUUUGGUGGACAAAGCUUAUCGAAAGCCAAGUAUCGAUCCACUUACUUCUCUCUGAAUGAAAGGAGUAAACCAUGGAUUGAAGUUGACGGUGGUGUCACUCCGAAGAAUUCAUACAAGGUAGAGCUCGAAAACUCUUCUGAGUUUCACAUCUGA